AUGACAACCUCUCAGUUCCAAGUCAAAGAGCACACCAUCCCAUGUCAAUCCAUUCGGGAGUAUCACCAUGCAGUGAAAGGAGUUGACCCUCCAUUGCAGUUAGCAGUCAAGCAGUACAUCCCGCUCAACAACCUCAACCCUAGCCCAGACGAUAUUACAAUCAUCGCUGGACAUGCCAAUGGAAUUCCCAAAGAGUGCUAUGAGCCUAUCUGGGAUGAUCUCCUCAGAUUGACCCGCGUGAAAAUUAAGGCAAUCUGGAUGGCAGACUGUUCUCAUCAAGGGGCCAGCGGGGUGCUAAACGAGCAAAUCCUCGGAGACGACCCAAACUGGUUCGAUCAUUCCCGAGAUCUCUUACUCAUGGUCAAUCAUUUCCGAGACCAGAUCCAACCUCCAAUCUCAUGUCUUCCUGGAACCCAUGAUCCAAGUGGAAAGUCCCAGCCAGCUCGGGGCCCCAGUCCCGCUCGGUGGACCAGUACCCGCCCCGAUGAGUGGCCCUCUCAGCAAGACGCGGAGACUCACAUUCGCAGAAACCCAUUCUGGCGCCGAUGGGACCCGAGGGCGGUGAAUGCAUACAUUCAAUUCGGGCUGCGGCCCGUUCCAACGUCGUCUUCGGGCGCCGUGACCCUCACGACUACCAAGGCGCAAGAAGCCUGGACGUAUCUGCGGUUCAAUCCUACCCCACACGUUGGUAGUGAUCUCACGGAGCGUUUCCUCAACCCAGACCUCGCCGUUACGGCAAAGGAAGGGGAUAAUCACAAUCCGAACUACGUAACUGUGUGCCCGUGGUCGUGCAUUGCGUUUGAGUUUCUACCGUACGUGCGGCCGUCAGUCUUGUUUGUCUUCGGGGAGAAAAGCCAUAUUAACCUUCCUGCGCGGCGGCGGGAUAAGCUCGAGCGUAUGGGGGUGGGGCUGGGGGGCAGCGGAGGCCUGGCAGCGGGACGCGUGCACGCCGAGGUUCUACCGGGUUCAUCCCAUAUGGCGCCGCUGGAGAAGGUGCAGGAUACAGCGCGUCUGAUAUCGCUCUGGCUGGAGGCACAGCUGGAACUCUACUUGAAAGAAAGAGAGUUUUGGGGAUGCCAGUAUAACAGCGGGAAGUCCGAACAGGACGGGAGGGUCCUAUCGGCGCAGUGGAUGAAGUAUGACCACCCCCCUCCCCCUCCCAGCAGGCAUAACCAGCCGCCUAAUCCCCACAAAAACCCUAACCUUCCACAUCCUCGAAUCCAACCCGGACCCCAGCACCCCACGCCCCCUCCUGCUCCUCCUACACGGCUUCCCCGAGAUCGCCUUCUCCUGGCGCAAAGUCAUCCCCCCACUAGCGGCCGCCGGCUACCACGUCGUGCGCCCGACCAGCGCGGCUUCGGCCGCACAACAGGCUGGGGGACACGGCCCUUCUCGGAGGUGGACCUACACACAUUCACGCUGACGAGCUUCGUGCGGGACAUGGUGACGCUCGUACACGCACUGGGGUACCGAUCCGUGCAAUGCGUGGUCGGACACGACUGCGGGGCCGUCACGGCGGCGAUGUGUGCGCUUGUGCGGCCGGAUUUCUUCAAGAGUGUCGUGCUGCUCAGCCAUCCGUUUAACGGGAGUCCUGUUUUGCCGUUUGGUACUGCCGGUGGCUCUUCUUCUGGGGAGGUAGAGGAGAAGGGUGCUGGAGGGACGGAGUCCGCAGCGGGGGGACCACGUGCAUGGAGAGCUUGCGGCGCGCGGCCGGAAGCAUUAUAA